GCUGAGCCCCGUCCGUCCGUCGCCACCCACUCCGGACACAGAACAUCCAGUCAUGGAUAAAAAUGAGCCAGUGCAGAAGGCCAAACUGGCCGAGCAGGCUGAGCGGUAUGACGACAUGGCGGCCUGCAUGAAGUCUGUAACUGAGCAAGGAGCUGAAUUAUCCAAUGAGGAGAGGAAUCUUCUCUCAGUUGCUUAUAAAAAUGUUGUAGGAGCCCGUAGGUCAUCUUGGAGGGUCGUCUCAAGUAUUGAGCAGAAGACGGAAGGUGCUGAGAAAAAACAGCAGAUGGCUCGAGAAUACAGAGAGAAAAUUGAGACCGAGCUAAGAGGUAUCUGCAAUGAUGUACUGUCUCUUUUGGAAAAGUUCUUGAUCCCCAAUGCUUCACAAGCAGAGAGCAAAGUCUUCUAUUUGAAAAUGAAAGGAGACUACUACUGCUAUUUGGCUGAGGUUGCUGCUGAUGAUGACAAGAAAGGGACUGUGGAUCAAUCACAGCAAGCAUACCAAGAAGCUUUUGAAAUCAGCAAAAAGGAAACGCAGCCAACGCAUCCUAUCAGAUUGGGUCUGGCCCUUAACUUCUCUGUGUUCUAUUAUGAGAUUCUGAACUCCCCUGAGAAAGCCUGCUCUCUUGCAAAAACAGCAUUUGAUGAAGCCAUUGCUGAACUUGAUACAUUAAGUGAAGAGUCAUACAAAGACAGCACACUCAUAAUAAUGCAGUAA